GCGAAACGUCAAAAUCAUUUUCAUAACAAAAACAAAGUGUUGUUGCCGAGCGGCGUUCAAACUACAAUCCGUUUUAUCUCCAACGCGGCCGAAUGGUGAACCGAAGGUGUGCAUUUCCCGGUUGCCGGAACUUUGCACCUGGCCCAAGCAAACUGUCGUUCUUCCUGGUUCACUCAACCAGACACAAACAACGCGACAUGGACAGGUGGCGGGAAGCCUGCGACGUGAUGGAAUUUUGCCCAUCGGCCGUUAUUUGCGAGGAACACUUUGAGCUUGAAGACUUUGUCAAUCCUUGCUACAAAACGCAGGGUCUUCGACCAACGGCGGUUCCGACGCGAAGCCCCAGGUGCCGUCAAGCUCCUACAUUUGAAGUUGUGGACGUCACCAAGACAAGCGAAGUGGACCGUCCAAUAACAGUCGAUUCACGCAAACCAGCAGAGAGACCAGUCGAAGCCAUCUCAAACUGUCCCUCCAAGGAUUACUUAGGCCGGCCGAGCAAGGUCAAGGUGGACAUGACUCGGCAAAUAAAAAUCAAAAAGUUGAUGGAGGAAUCGCUAGCUAGGAGCGCGAAAAAUUCCGAAGACACCGUGAUGGAGCCACCAAAAAAGCCUAAGAUUACGUCGCUAAGAAAUAUUGGCUGCCGGCUUUGUCUGAUGACCAAAGUUCCGGGAGUGUCCGCUUUCAGUCCUUUCGCCGGAGAGAGCUCCCUGUCGCACAUCAUCGAGACCUGCUUCGGGAUACGAAUUGAGAGGAAUGACUUUUGCACGAUAAUUUGCGGGGAAUGUCUGGUCAAGGUGGAUCUGUUUUGGAAGAUGUACUCUGAGUUUCAAGCGAAUCGGCUGGCGAUAGAGGAAUUGCGUCGAUCUCUUAAAGAUAAGGAAGAAGACGCUGAAGCUAAGAAACGAAAGACAAAGGACAAACCAGUUCCAGACAGCAGUGAUUCGGAUUCCUACAGUAUUCCGGAGCAUCCGUUCUUCAAGACACAGUGCAAAAAGGUUUACCAUUGUCAUCUGUGCCCAAAGCAACUCAAAAACGAAACCCUACUCAAGUAUCAUUUAACCUACAAACAUCGGGACAGUGACCCAAUGCGGCUCUGCGAAUAUUGCGCCAAUUUUUUCCACAAGCACAAACUUUCCCAACAUCUUCAACAUCACUUCGAACAAAAAAAGAUCAACUGUCCCACGUGCGGUAAAGUAAUAGCCAACGAACGCAAUCUCCAACGCCACAUGCUAGUUCACAGCAACGUGCGACCCUUUCAGUGCAAACUGUGCGACAGAAGCUUCUCCCAGUCAUCGAACCUAAAGUUCCACGUCCAGCGAGAUCACCCAUCGGAAGAAAAUCGUCCCAACCCAACCACCAAAGCAGCGUCCACCAAACCUCAACCACCGUUGGCGUGUCCGGCGUGCGGGCAGCAGUUCAAGCGCGGCAGGGAGCUUAUCAAGCACGUUGAGUCGACCCAUCCGGGUCAUCCGAUGGAUAUUUUUGUGUGCGAAAUAUGUUCCGAGCGGUUCAGCGAGGUGCUGCUCCUUAGGAGUCACCGGUUGAUUUACCACUCCGGGCAGAAGUUUGAGUGCGGUCGGUGUGGCCUGGUUUUCAAAUCGGACGGGCAGCUCAGGACGCAUCGAAAGAAGCACGAGAGGUGAGGGGAGUGUAAUAUACGUGAAUUCUUCAUAUA